AUGGCUUUCAUUAUCUAUCUUAAUAUGCUCACAUCCAUCUAUCUAUCUAUCUAUCUAUCUAUCUAUCUAUCUAUCUAUCUCAGUUUGAUCAUUAUUUAUGAAUAUAUGUCAGUUUGUUCAUUAUCUAUCUAUCUAUCUACGACAUACAUAUCUCAGUUUAUUAAUAAAUACCUCUCUUCAUAUCUAUCUAUGCGUCUCUCUCGAGUCGCUAUUGUCAUCACGCCUGGCCUCAUACGCGCUUCCCACGACCCUUCACGCGCCGAAGACAGACGCAAAGGCUUCCCUUCUGUUCACGUCUAUCUAUCUCUCUAUCUAUCACAGUCUACUGAUAUCUAUCUAUCUAUCUAUCUAUCUAUCUAUCUAUCUAUCUAUCUAUCUAUCUAUUUAAUCCAUUACUGGCCACGCGACAAAGAAUAUCGCCGCCCGGUCAUCCUUGUAUAUAUCACUUUGAAUUUAAUUCUCUCUUUUCUCUCUGCCCCUCUCUCUUUUCUCUCUGUCCUUCUCUCUUUUCUCUCUGUCCCUCUCUCUUUUCUCUCUGUCCCUCUCUCUUUUCUCUCUGUCCCUCUCCCUUUCCCUCUUACUAUUUCUUUCUCUUUCCUAAUUUUCUCGCCUCAUUUUCUCCUUUUCUCACUCAUUGAUCUAUUUCUUUUUUUUAUAUCUUUCUGCCCCUCAUUUUUUAUUACCUUCUCUUUCUUUUUUUGUUCAUGGCCCGUUCGCACUUUCCUUCUUUCCUUUCCAUUUUCAACUCUCAUCUUUCCUUCAUUCGUUAUAAUUAUUUUCUUUUGCUUUCUUUCUUAUUUUUAUUUGUUUUCUUUUCCUCUCUGUCUUCAUAUGCUCCUUCCUUCUCCUUUUCCUCCCUUCCUUCCCUCCUAUUAG